CCAUCUGAGGAUCAGAAUUUGCCCUCUGGGGCUCCAGACUUACAAACCAGGGACGUAGUUGAUGGAAAUAUUGGACUUGGAGUGAAGGAACAAAGAUGUUCUUCUUGUUCGAUGUGAGCAGCUGAGACCUGGACUCUCGGGUCGCCUACUUUUACCUCAGGUGGAAACUCAGCUCUCUGCCUGCUAUUAAAGAUCAGCAAGGUUACUUCCAGAGGGGGGCUGCGCUGAAUAACCACAGCCAUGCUGUGUGGUCUGAGGAGAGACACCAAGAACAGCAUUGAUGAAGGACCAUACUCAAAGGGGAGCAAAGAGUCCGGGGCAACUGACCAAUCCCAUUCGUCCCGGAGGCGCAGCCUUUCAGCAGAAGAGUAUCGAGGAGUGACCACAGUGGACCUGAUGAAAAGGGAAGGCAGCAGCCUUGGCCUCACAAUCUCCGGAGGGUCUGAUAAGGAUGGCAAGCCCAGAGUGUCAAACCUACGGCCAGGUGGGCUAGCUGCCAGGAGUGACCAGCUGAAUGUAGGAGACUACAUCAAGUCAGUGAACGGCAUCAACCUGUCAAAGCUUCGCCAUGAUGAGAUUAUCAGCCUGCUGAAGAACAUCGGGGAGCGAGUUGUGCUGGAAGUGGAGUACGAGCUGCCUCCAUUUGUCCAGACCCCCUCAGGAGUCCUAACCAAAACCAUAGAGGUGUGUUUACACAAGGAGGGAAACAGUUUUGGGUUUGUCAUGAGAGGAGGCUUCCACGAAGACUGGCGCCGGUCUCGUCCUCUGGUGGUUACCUACGUCAGGCCUGGCGGUCCUGCUGACAGAGAGGGAACGUUGAAGGCCGGAGACAGAGUAUUGAGCAUAGACGGGAUGCCUUUGAACAGAGAGAGGCACGCCGACGCUUUGACCAUGCUGAUGCAGAGCGGCCAGGAAGCUCUGUUCCUGAUUGAGUAUGACGUCUCUGUCAUGGAGGCAGUGCAACAAGCCUCGGGCCCUCUGCUGGUGGAGAUCGUGAAAGGUCUCUCAGCCAGCUUGGGGAUCAGCCUCACCACAACAAUAUACAGGAGCAAACAAGUUAUUAUUAUCGACAAGAUAAAGGCCGCCAGUGUGGUGGAAAGGUGUGGAGCGCUGCAUGUAGGCGACAUCCUCCUGUCCAUAGACGGGACCAGCACUGAACACUGCUCGCUGAUGGAGGCCACCCAGCUACUCGCCAGCACCUCUGAAAUUGUCAAACUAGAGAUUCUUCCAGCCAGUCAGAGCAGACUUCCAAUCAGGCCACAGGACACAGUAAAAGUGCAGAAAAGCAACCAUCAUCACUGGGACCAAAGCAGCAACUACUGCCAUCCCCCACAUGCCAGCCACAGCAAGACAUGGAGCAGCCCAAGCCACCCACACAACCAGCAGGACCACUGCAAAUCUCUGGUGAGUGGUGGCUUCUCCCCUUCCUCCACAGCCACCUCAGGCUUCAGCAGCCAGGGCAGCAACACUCUGCCCUGCCCCAUCGCUCCCAUCACUCCCACCAGCCCUCGCAGCUCCACCGGCAAGAGGAGGAACAGGAAGAAGGACCACAAGAGCUCACUGUCUUUAGCGUCCAGUUCUGUCGGCCCAGGGGGGCAGGUUUUUCAUGUGGAAACAAGCGAGAUCGUCCUGAGGGGGGAUCCGCUCACAGGAUUUGGGAUCCAGCUGCAGGGGGGUGUCUUUGCCACAGAGACCCUCUCUGCUCCCCCAGUCAUCCGCUUUAUUGAGCCCGACAGCCCGGCUGAGAGGUGUGGGUUGCUGCAGGUUGGAGACAGACUGUUGUCAAUUAAUGGGAUCCCAACUGAAGAUGGCACUUUGGAGGAAGCUCAUCAGCUGCUCAGAGACUCUGCUCUGGCUAACAAGGUCACAGUGGAGAUUGAGUUUGACGUUGCAGAGUCGGUGGUUCCCAGCAGCGGCACCUUCCACGUCAAGCUACCCAAGCGGAGAGGAGUGGAGCUGGGCAUCACCAUCAGCGCAAGUAAGAAACCUGGCAAACCCCUCAUCAUCUCUGACAUCAGAAAAGGAAGCAUAGCACACAGAACAGGCACUCUGGAGCCUGGAGACAGGCUGCUGGCCAUCGACACGGUGCGUCUGGAGAACUGCACGAUGGAGGACGCCAUGCACGUCCUGCAGCAGGCCGAGGACAUGGUCAAACUGCGAAUCCAGAAGGAUGAGGACAACAUCGAUGAGUUGGAGAUGUCUGGCUCCAUAAUCUACACCGUUGAGCUGAAGAGAUACAACGGGCCGCUGGGCAUCACGAUUUCUGGCACAGAGGAGCCCUUUGACCCCAUCGUCAUUUCUGGCCUCACCAAGAAAGGUCUGGCUGAGAGGACCGGAGCCAUCCACAUAGGAGACAGAGUCCUGGCCAUCAAUGGGGUCAGCCUGAAGGGAAAGCCGCUGAGCGAAGCCAUCCAUCUCCUGCAGAUGGCCGGGGAGUCCGUCACCCUCAAGAUCAAGAAACAAGCCGAUCAGUCUGACGGCCGCCAUCUUGACAGAGAAGUUGGGUUUUUAAGUGACACAGAGGAUGAACUGACAGACUCUCAGAAGACCAGUAAACACUCAGAGGUUUACUCUGCCAAUGUUCCCAGUAUAGACUCUGCCAUGAGCUCCUGGGACAGCUCGGGGUUCGAUGCCGGCUACGGUAGCCAAGGGACGUAUCUCCACAAAGCAUCCGACAUACUGCUUAAUCCAAACGAGUGGAGGCGCACAAAGCACAGGAGCCAAACCAGUUCCAGUUCUGCAGGCCUCGUCCACCACACAACGCUGUAUGAUGGGAGAUUUACUGAGGAUGAGUGGGACAAGAUACCUGGAUUCGUCAGCCCCCCUCGUUGCCAUGGCACCCUGAACCAGGAGGACAGCUUCUGGUCCCAGGCUCUGCAGGACCUCGAGACCUGCGGCCAGUCAGAGAUUCUCAGGGAGCUGGAGGCAUCCAUGACAGGUAGCGCUCUUAGUCUGUACCUAGAGGAGACCAAGACCAAUGAAGACUCAAUGUUUCACUCAGAAAUUAGUCCCAUCAAGAGAGAAGGAAGACACGGCGAGACUAAAAACAAAAGCAGCCUGAACAUGUCGACUGGCGCCAGAGACGUACCGUCCAGGGUCAAAGGGGAACCCUCUGACAUCUUGUCCCCUACAGCCCUGGCACUGCACAAGGUGACUAUCAGGAAGGACCUUGAGAGCCACGACUUUGGUUUCAGCGUAUCAGAUGGGCUCCUGGAAAAAGGGGUCUACGUGAACAUGAUCCGGCCGGAUGGCCCAGCUGACCAGGCCGGGUUAAAACCUUUUGACCGCAUUCUUCAGGUGAACCGUGUGAGGACCAGGGACUUGGACUGCUGUCUAACUGUGCCCCUAAUUAUGGAGGCCGGAGGCAGCCUGGACUUGGUCAUUAGCAGGAAUCCACUGGCAGCGGGCGACACAGAGCUGCCCAACAACUGUGACGACCCCUCAAGCUCACUGUUCUGCUUUUCCAACCACAGGACCAACAGCAUCGCCCUGUGA